GUUACUAUACUAAUUCGAUAUUUAUAGAUUCUUAUAUACCUACGUUCUCGAAAAGUAUUCGUGACAAAUCCACUGAUAUUCACUCGAUUGAGGCACGUAUUCAUUAUCGUCAGUUUGAGUCUCUCUCCUGCUGAAGCUGGAGCUGUGCAUGUAUGGUAGAAGCGGAUUAUCGAGCCUAUCGAGACAAUGCCUCCCCAAGUGGACCCCGUAGUCAGCGGGGUGCUGUUUGAGACCGAUACCCAGACCUCUGACCUGGGGUUAGCUAAGGAUGUAUCUGUUCUAAAAAACGCCAGCCCGAGAAAGUACGAGUACGUCUGGUUCAACAUUUUCUGGUUCCUCUACCUCCACGUGGCUUCCAUGUAUGGGGUCUACUUGGCGCUCACCAGCGCGAAAUGGCAAACAAAUGUAUUCGCGUUCUCAGUUCACUUGAUGUGCGCGAUAGGAAUAGGCGCCGGCUCUCACAGACUGUGGACGCACAGGAGUUACAAGGCCAAGACGCCGCUGAGGAUCCUACUCAUGAUCUGGCAGACCAUGGGCUUCCAAGACUGCAUCUUCGAAUGGGCGCGCGACCACCGUACCCACCACAAAUACGCCGACACCGACGCCGACCCUCACAAUGCUGAGCGCGGCCUGUUCUACUCCCACAUGGGCUGGUUGUGCUGCAAGAAGUUACCAGAGGUCAUUGAAGGCGGCCGCAGGCUUGACCUCACUGACCUUUACGCUGAUCCCGUUGUUAUGUUUCAGAAAAAACAUUACAUGAAGAUGAUGUUCGUCCUGUGUUUCGUGAUGCCGACGCUCAUUCCCGUGUACUGCUGGGGGGAAACUUGGACGAACGCCUUUUUCAUCCCCACUAUCCUGAGAUACACCAUUGGCAUCAACGUAGUGUGGAGUAUCAACAGUUUUGCCCACACCUUUGGAUACAGGCCGUAUGACAAAUCGUUGAACCCUCGGGACAACAUCGGUACGUGGAUGAUCUGCGUGGAAGGGUUCCACAACUACCACCACACAUUCCCGUGGGACUACCGCGCAACGGAGUACCCGUUCUACAACAUGCUCACGCCAACCAUCGUCUUUAUUGAUGCCAUGGCUAAGAUAGGGCAAGCAUAUGAUUUGAAGAGCGUCUCUCCUGAGAUCAUCAGACAACGCACGUACCGCACAGGAGACGGCACCCACCACCUGUGGGGCUGGGACGACCCGGAGUUCACUGAGAAGCUCAAGGAGAAGUAUGGGAAAGUGGACAAGGUGGACUGCGAUGAGAAGAAGACGACGUGAUUAAGUCAUAAGUCAACGCAAGAUAUUAUUUUAUCUAAGGAUUUAUGUUUCGCGUUAUGUACUUACUAAUUGAUAAAAUACAAUUAUUGUGAAUGUUGUGUAUUAUAUAAA